AUGAGCGGGCUCGGUACCGUCACGUUCUCGAAGGUUCUAGGGCCAGCGGCCAGCCAAGCACGGCGUUCCCGUGUCGGAGGGCGUGACCAUGCGGAGCGUGACCGUCGACCAGGUCGGCCGAUGCAUGUGCACCGCCCCAUAGUUCAGGUGCUCGAGCGGCACGACCUCGCGGACGUCAUCAAGACGAGGAUGGGUACUCCAGGCCACACUUUGGCAAGCGAUCCCGACGACUACGGUAUUUCCGUGCCUUCUCGAUAUGUGUGAGGCUUUUUUUGAGAAGGCGUUGCUGGGAAGGACGGCGGUGGCGACAUGCUUUGGACGUCAUCUGCGACAUGGAGAGCUUCAUGCAGUUGAACAACGAGCACGAAGGGGGAGGUGCGGACGGUGAAAGAAGUGGAGACGGGGUCGGAAGGAUGGACAGUGAUGGGGAGGGGGAUGGAGAUGGGGGAGGCGACGCUGGCUCCGACGGCUCGGCGGACGCUUAAGACGCGCUGACAAGGUGUGCUUUUGGCCUGUUGCCGUGGCUUGUCCUGCUAGAACGUCGUACCUGUGUGUUUCUGCUUCUUUCUCCCCCUGCCCGUGAGAUGUUAAAUGCUUGGGUGCUUUUCGUCGUAUGUUUCGGCUUGCCCACGGCGCCCCUCGACAUAUGUUUCCCCAGCGAGUCGGUUCGCCGCUAGACUCCUGAUACUUGAAUGUACCUCGCCUCCCACUAGGUUUAGUUCUGCAGAGUUGCGUGGCUUAAACCCUCUUGUCUCUGGCGUAUUCGACGUCCUGCGUCACCGGGGUUUCACCCCUUUGAGCGCCGAUUUUUGUUCGCACCCCCACCAUGUCUCCCGGCAUGCGAUGUCCACAAUGUACAGCAUGUCACCACCUAAAAACAGGGUUUACGUAUACUGCACCCAAGGGUGAAAGCGUGCACUUCAUUCCUCGACGGCCCAUGUUUCUCUCCUCUGAAUAUUUUUCUUCGUAUGCUCUUUCGCUGCUGAUCGGCAACCCCCAGGCGCAGUCACCGGGAUCUCCGCUUCAACGCCGUUCCACGCGUUUUCCCGGGUCCUCUCUUGCACAACGGGCCGAAGUGUUGAAGGAGGAGGCGGAGAAACUCCCCCCCCGCUCUCAAUGGCUCAUAUUUGGGUUUGAAUGAUAGAAUGCUGUGAAGUGCUUGUUGCUCUCGGGUAGGGUUUUUACCGUGUCUGCAAGAGCGUUUGGAAUCUGUCGCUGCGGCCCUUUGCCUUCAGUUGUCGCCGAUAUGCUUCUUUCUUGUCCCUUGUGGGGAAUGCCUUCUUGGAGGUGUUUUUCCUGUGGGGUCCGGAGGGUAGAGAUGUCUCUCUCUCUUUGCAGUCCCUGCAGUGUCUUUAUUUCGUUCUGGACAAAGUCGUUUUUUCGUGACUCGAACUGUGACUUUGGGGGCGGCGAGAGGGGGGGGUGCUUUAUUUAUUGUAGGACGUCAAAGGUCGUUUCGGUCGUUGGACAAACGUAUUGGGGAAGCCCGCUGUCGCUACGUGUAGCUGUUGUUUCCGGCUUCGUCGUCUAUCCGUCGUCAACAAUCAAAGGCAUUGGUUUCUUGCGGAUCAUCUCCAUGAUCAACGUCGAUGGUGGUGCAGAGGGAAAUUCAACAAGGACAGGAACCAUACAUUGGAUACGUGUGUUUUUUUUUGUAGCUCAUUUGUUUGCGGGAAUCCCAAAUGUUGUCGAUCCCGGGCUCGAAAUGAUGAGUCGCGGGGCCGGGGAUCAAUCAGGAGCUACAUUUUUCUUGAUCGGAACUGCUGUGGCUUUCGGGCCGGGGGGGGUGCUCUGUUAAGUGUUGGGAGAAGGCUGUCGUUUCUACGAGU